AUGGUUAUUAAUGAUCACCAAUUUCUAAAAAACAGCGAGAAAAGAAAUCGAACUUAUUGGGUGUGCAGAUUCAGAAAAAAAUUGAAUUGUCCAGCAAAAGUCACUAAAUUUGGAAACGAAGUGACGCCAUCAAAAUGUUUUCAAAUCGAUGUUAAAUUCUCUCAAACCAAUCAUAAGAAUUUAUGCAUUUACGUGAAUGGUCAAAAAUUCUUGAAGUCGGAUAAGUCGGACACAAACAUUUUCUGGGUUUGCAGUCAGAAACGUAAAAAUAAAUGCAAGGCUCGUAUAAGACAACAUGAAGAUUUCUUCUUACCACUUUCAACAAGCGACAAGGCAACGAAUGAUCAAACAUUCGAACACAAGAAAAUUAAUGAAGAAAACUUAGUAAUAAAAUACAAGAUGAGUAGCAGAAAUAAUUUAAUUAUGGUUAUUAAUGAUCACCAAUUUGUAAAAUACAGCGAAAAAGGAAAUCGAUCUUAUUGGGGGUGCAAACUGAGAAAUAAAUUGAAUUGUCCAGCAAAAGUCACUAAAGUAGGAAGCAAAGUGACGCCAUCAAAAUGUUUUCAACAUAAUCAUUUAAGAACAUGGAAAUCGAAUUUAUUGGGGAUGCAAAUUCAGAACACCAUUAAAAUGUCCAGCGAAGGUUUACCAAAUAGGAGACAAAGUGGUAGCAACUAA